GCCCAGGUACACGCAGAACCAGAGCCCCAGUCCCAGAGUCACCUCUGAGGUCAUCAGAAGAGGAGAAAGGUCGCGAUGGCCCAAAGGAAUAUACUUUCUCCUCCCUCAGUGCUGUAGGGUCUCAGUCAGGAACAUCAGACUCAGACCAGCCCAAACAGACUGGUCCAACCCGCAGAGCCCGUUUACCUAAACCCAAACCCAACCUGUGUCACACCACUAGAGCCGCCACACACACUUCAUCCCAGGUACCAGAAAGCAGAAACUGCCCUGUAGCCCAGAUACCACAUGUUGAGGCUACCAGGCCCAGCUCUGAGGUCCAGAUACCACAUGUUGAGGCUACCAGGCCCAGCUCUGAAGUCCAGACACCACAUGUUGAGGCUACCAGGCCCAGCUCUGAAGUCCAGAUACCACAUGUUGAGGCUACCAGGCCCAGCUCUGAAGUCCAGAUACCACAUAUUGAGGCUACCAGGCCCAGCUCUGAAGUCCAGAUACCACAUGUUGAGGCUACCAGGCCCAGCUCUGAGGUCCAGAUACCACAUGUUGUGGCUACAAGGCCCAGCUCAGAGGUCCAGAGGCAUUGCGCUGAAGUUCAAACUCCAGAGGAGGCUGAUGAGGUUCCCAUGGAAAUACAACAGAUUCACCAAGUCAUCCCCCUUACUGACAUCAUUGAUGUUACCCAGGAGGAAAUACAGCUGAUUCACCAAGUCACCCCCCUUACUGACAUCAUUGAUGCUACCCAGGAGGAUGCAUCUCUCCUCACGGAGGAAAUCGUCUUCUCUCAACGAAGUGAUGCUCUCAUCACACAGCAUUCAGAAAGUUCUGGAUCAACUGUUCUGUUGGACCCGGCCCAGCCAGACCCUGAUGAGCCCAUCUUCAUCCUCUCCCUGACUGAAAUCCCUUUCUUCCCCAUGGAGGAGGAGUAUGGCUGUAUGUCUCAGACCCUCUCCGAGCCCCUCUCUUUUCUACCGGUCGCAGACGCAUGCUCUCAACUGCAGCAGAGCAGUGAUAUUGUUGGUCCUGGAGGUGGUUUGGAGGAAGGGUAUGCUGGUAUCCUCUGCAAAGCCCCUGAGCCCAUGUCAUUUGAUGAGGUCGUCCCUCAACCCACAUACACCAGUAUCAAGGAAGUGGAGUCUGGCUCCACAGCAGGCCCAGUAGAUGUGUGUGCCUCAGCCAAUCCCUCAGAAGACUCCAUGGCUGACGCGGAGACUAGGGAGGACAUAGAUCCUCCUUUUAAGAGGAAAGUGCCAGAGAGAGCCAGGAGAGACAAACUGCAGAUCAGACCUAACACAGCAGUAAGGAAACAGCCCAGUUGUUCGGUCCUAGCCAAGGAGGCUGUGUCAGCAUCCACCUCAGACUAUACCACCAUCCCAGAGACGGACCACCCCACAGCCUCUACCCCAGAGCAUACCACCACCAUCAUCCCAGAGACGGACCAUAAGACAGCCUCCACCCCAGACCAUACCACCAUCCCAGAGACGGACCACCCCACAGCCUCCACCCCAGACCAUACCACCACCCCAGAGACGAACCACCCCGCCGCCUCUACCCCAGACCAUACCACCACCACCAUCCCAGAGACAGACCACCCCACAGCCCCCAACCCAGCUAGGUCCCUCCGUCACAGGAACAGCAUCAGGAGAGGUGGCGGCUGAGGAGCAGGAGAUUGUGGGCCGUUUAGACCUCCCAGAGACAGAGGAGGACACGCCCACUGGAGGGGGCGAGAUGGAGGACCGUAGGUCAGGGGCGGAGUCUCAGGCUGCCUGUCAAAUGACACCGCUGGUUACGAGUGGCCCCUUGAGCAGGCCUGGUAGAAGACCCAGAGGAUUUCUUUCUUUCAUGUCCAAUAAGACCAGCAGCCCUGCAGCUGCCCCCUCUGCCCCUCCUCGAGGGCCCAGAGCAGCCCCUCAGAGGCCCCAGGUCAACACCACCCGGCCAGGGGGAAACGGGCGGCACCAGCCCCCUCCACCACCAGAACCAUGCCUGCCCCCUCCACUAGAAACACCACCAUUAGUUCCACCAGAACGGUCACUAGGCCAGACAGUUCCCCCAGGGUGACCUGGGAACAGCCCUCUGAUGUCCAGGCCUUCCACUCAGACCCAGAUCCCAGUACUUCCCAAUGUACUACAGCUACCAAGCCUUCUCAGGUACCAGCCACCCAGCCCAGUGCGUCUCCCUGUGUAGACAGCUGUUCAGCAGGCGAGGAACCCCUCAACGUGUCCCAGUACUUCUUCAGUGACAUCUUCACUGAGGUUGAGGGAAGGGAGGAAGGAGGAGGAAGUGAAAGGAGAAACGGAAGUCACUCUCGGUUUUAAUCAAACUGGAAAACAAAAUGUUAAGAAAUCCUUGAAAGAUUGCGCUUCAGGGUUCAGGGUUCAGGGUUCUUUGCACGUAUGUCUGUGUAUGUAGCAGUAAAAUUACAUCUCUGCUUGUGAUUAUGCUGUUUCAUGCUUGCAGUGAAUAGAUUUGGCCACAAGAUGGCAACAGGGAAAACAAAAAAAGUGAAAAUGUAUCUUCAAAUCAUAAAUGUUUUGUCCAAACUGGCACCUAGAAGCUUUGCCAAUGUCCCAUAUUGGAUGAUUACAUUUUGGGCUCUUUCACCCCAAUCAUAUCUUCUAGCCUUUUGGGUAAUCUAUAUAUUUUAAAAUAUAUUUAUUUGGUUAUAUUUUUUCAAACCUCACAAAGCUAGACAUUUAUGGUCAUUUUUCUCCAUCUGCAUACAAGCAGAAUACUUGAAAUCAAUGUUAACUCACUCUUCUACAUUGGAGAGUUUGGCAGUUUACUCAGGGACUUUCACAUUCAGAUUUGUGUUUUUAUUUGAAGCAUUUUUUACAUUUAAAUCGGAAACCAUUGUCUUAAUGAACAUUGUAUAUAUGUUUAUUUGAAUGUAGAUCAGAUAUACUGGAAGGGGUGUAUUCCCUGAGCAUUUACAGUUUUUCUUUCUAGGUGUAUGAACAAGACCCAGCUUGAGGGACACCACAGUGAUGUCAACACUUGUUUCUUUAUUUCAUGCUACCUGAAGAUACAGGACAUAUAUUUUCAAAUGGCUCUGCAAAGAAACCUCUCAUUUAAUACAUGUACAAGUGACAAACUCACAGAAACCGUGCACAGAUCAUGAGUCCAAUUUCAAGGAUUUAUUAUGUUCUGCAGCCACUGUUCAAACUAACAUAGCUAUUAUAUAGCUCAUGUGAAUACAAUUAUAUACGUUAAUGUCUCCUUUAGUGUUAUGUCUUGCUACAUUAUAGAAAACUGAGUAUAGAAAAGUAGAAUAAAUGCAUAAGAAUGGUCAGAGGGUUUGAAACUGGACUAGUGUAGAACAGUCCUGCUGCACACUAAACACUGCUUCUUGCAGACCACCUAUGCAACCUAUGCAGAACCUUAUGUUCACAUAAGAAAUAUGUUACGAAGUUCUUCUAAAAAUAUUGUGUUAUUUUGGAGAAGAUAGCAUGGAUAUCAUCUUAGUUAGUCUCAACAGAAAUUAAGAGGACACAUGAUCUCAAAAGCCUUAAAGGUGUAAUGAAAACUUCAGCAUUUGAGUGUAGUCUUUUUUUUGUUGCUGUGUGUGUGUCGCGGGGAUGGGGGAGGAAUGUGCAGAUGUUUAAUUUCCAAGCGGCAUAGAGAGGCAGUGCGAUCGAAGAGACGAAGCUGCAUGUUACUAGGUGACCUCACUACAUAAAUAUUCCACGCUCUCACAGUCAGCCCUUGUGCAGUUCCACUCUUCUUUUGGUCCAUGUUGAAUAGGGAUGUAAAGGAAUUCACUUUUAUAGACCCUGUGCUUUUAAAUUAAUCAGGGGUUUUCCAACUGUUUCUGUUCUGCCUUAAAGAUGUGAAAUAAACACUGUGCAUGAGA